CAGUCCGCGGCCUAAAUACCCAAGCAUCUGACGCCGCUUGUUAAACAAAUAAAAUUGAUAUCCCGAAUUACCCCAUAUAAUGUGACAAACAAACAAGUGUCAAAUUAUAAAAACAAUGAGUGUAUUAAAGUUGGCUUUAAUUGUUGUACUUCUAGUUAGUGUUAGUGUCACUGGACAAGAGGAUCCUAUAGUAAAUGAAGAUGAAAACAUAGUGAGUGAAAAUCCAAUAGACAAUGCUCAGGUUGUUGUUGAGGAAGCACCAGUGGAUGCUGAAGAUAAGGCACCGCCAGUUGAGAUACUGACAGAAAACGAACCUGUGCUUGUUAGAAGUGGGAAGUAUCAGCUUUCAGACGAUGGUUUGACUGGUGGAGAGCCAAUCGACACUGGAGCAGUGAACUUUGGGACUGAUGAUGGAAUUCUAAAUCAAAGGCAAUUAUUGCCACCGCCUUCGCCUACAUCUCCUAAUGGGGUUUACAAUGAAUACGCACACAUUGACGGUCGAGUGUUACCCUCGACAACGUACCAAAACAAUGGUCAGCCCUACGUCAUCUCCAACCAGAGGCUUCAGCAGAUACGUGGCAACUUUCUUUAUUGGUUUUACGACCAAGGCGGCAAUGAAAACAUCGGUGAUUACCAAAGUGAUAUCCAUACUUCGACACCACAGAUUCACAAGAAUUUCAACUUCCAACUACCGUUCUUCGGAUUCAGGUUCAAUUAUACUAGACUUUCCAUGAACGGUUAUAUUUACUUCAGUGACCCUCCAGACCACUAUACCUACCCACUGGAGUUCCCCACCCGUGAUUGGCCCAGAGUCAAUGACCCUUCUUUCAUCGGCAUCUUCUUCAGCAAGUGCCGAAUUGGCAGCAUGAGACCGGAGGAUCCCGAUCAAAGGCGACCUGGUGUUUACUUCAGACUAGAUAGAGAUUUACAGACCCGUACAGAUCAGUUAGGUGUAGAGAUGCGUGAACGUGUAACUUGGGACAUUCGCGAGGGAGUUAUUGGUUCUGAAACCUUCUUUCCUAAACACGUUAUUACAAUAACCUGGAAAAACAUGUCUUUCGCCGGUGGAAUCGACAACUCUUUGUUUGUGACCAACACAUUCCAAAUGGUCCUUGCCACAGAUGAAGUGUUUACUUAUGCGAUCUUCAACUAUCUUGAAAUCAACUGGAGCUCUCACACUGAGGCUGGUGGUGACACAACGACCGGAGAAGGCGGUGUUCCAGCUUACAUCGGAUUCAAUGCAGGAAAUGCCACCAGAAGCUACGAAUACAAGCCGUACUCACAAGCAUCUGUGUUAAGAGAUUUGACAGGACGAGGUUGGGCCAAUGGGUUCCCUGGACGGCACAUCUUCAGAAUAGAUGAGAAUAUACUUAUGGGAACUUGUAACAAGGAUAUCGAUGGCGCAAAUCUACCGUUGAUGUUUGCCCCUGAGAGUGGUAACAUGCUCGGUGGGACCAUAGUUAAUAUCACCGGUCCGUGUUUCAACCCUAAUGACAGAAUAUCCUGCCGUUUUGACACUGAGACUGUCGUGGGUGCUGUAGUCGAUAAAAAUAGAGCUGUAUGCGUUCAACCACGAUUCUAUCACAAUGGUUAUGCUAGAUUUGAGGUCGCCAUUAAUAACGAGCCUUAUAAAUGGAAAGGACAAUUCUUUGUCGAAACUCCUGCAACAGCGGCUGAAAAAAUCUUUUUCCCAGGCGAUUCUGUACACGAGAGAUAUCCUGCAGAAGUCAAAAUAACCUGGGACCGCUUUAACUUGACCACCAAUCUUAACGUCCAACUUCAAAUCAGCUUAUGGGGAUACAAAGAAGUAACCAUUCGUCCUCAACUCGAAUAUAUCGACAUUAUUGACGCUGGAGUCGCAAAUACUGGAGAAUACACCAUCAAUCCUCAGAACUUCAGGAAUAGAGAAAACAUAAUGCACAACGACAUGCAAUUUGGUUUCCUACAAAUUAACUUAACUACUCCUGAAGUUUAUAAAGGCAUAUCUAUAUCUCCUAUUCUUUGGAGUCGCCCAAUUCCUCUUGGAUGGUACUUCGCUCCUCAAUGGGAAAAACUUCAUGGAAUCAGAUGGCCUCAAACGAUGUGCAACAACUGGCUCCGAACGGAUCGUUUCCUUAAAAACUUUGCCUCUCAAGUCUGGGUGUGCCCGUGUACUCUCGAACACGCGUUACUGGAUAAAGGUCGCUUCAUGCCUGAUGUAAACUGUGACAGGGAUUUGAAUCCGACUUGUAGAUAUCACUGGGGUGGUAUUCAUUGCGUCAGAAGCGGUUCUCCAAGUGCUGAAGGCUCAGGUCAGCAAUGUUGUUACGAUAAGAACCAAAUGCUAAUGUUAUCGUACGAUCAGAUGUGGGGUUCUCAUCCCCAGCGCUCUCACGACUUUGGAUUUACCCCAUAUAAUGAGGCUAACAAGGUUCCAUCAUUAUCCAACUGGUUCCAUGACAUGAUACCUUUCUACCAAUGCUGCUUGUGGCAAGAGGAACAGGCAGUUGGAUGCGAAACCUACAGGUUCGAAAGACGACCUUCACAAGACUGUGUAGCGUACCAAUCUCCUGGAGUCGCCGGUAUAUUUGGAGAUCCUCACAUUAUUACUUUUGAUGAUUUGCAAUAUACUUUCAACGGCAAAGGUGAAUAUGUCCUGGUUCGAGUAGACCACGCUCAACUAAAACUAGACGUGCAAGGUCGAUUCGAGCAAGUAGCUAGGAACAUCUACGGCCCAGUCAACGCUACGCAUAUUACUGCAAUCGUUGCUGCUUCUAAUAAUUCUGUUCCUAUUGAGGUCCGUCUUCGCCCUGAGCACGCCCAAUGGAGAUACAGGCUCGAUGUGUUUGCUAACAAUAAGCGGAUUUUCUUCGAUCGUCCGGCUCUAAGAGUGCAGUAUUUCCGAGGUGUAACAGUAUACCAGCCCAUGUACAAAAUAGACCAAUCAGAAAUCGUCAUAAUGUUCCCUUCGGGAGCUGGAGUUGAGGUCGUGGAGAAUAGAGGCUUUAUGUCUUGUAGAGUCUAUUUGCCUUGGACUUUCAUGAACCAAACUCGUGGUCUGUUUGGUAAUUGGUCGCUGAAUGUGAAUGACGACUUUACUCGGCCUGAUGGCACUGUGGUUCCUACCGAUCUCAACAACUUCCAAUCGGCUCAUAGGGACUUCGCAAGUUAUUGGCAACUUUCCGAUCGAGAAGUACGAGAUGUUGGUGUAGCAUUAUUUACAAGAGAAUACGGUCGAACCGCUGCAUAUUUCAACGAUAACAACUUUAUUCCCAACUUUAUAAGAGAGCCUCGCGACUUCCUACCUAUAAACAGAACCCACGACAUUAACAAAGCGGUAGAAUUGUGUCAGGACUCCUACCAAUGUCGAUAUGACUACGGCAUGACUUUAAAUCGACAGAUGGCUGAGUUUACCAAGAAUUCCUUGUCUGCUAUCACGAACAUCAAGGAACAAAAUGCACGGCGUGUGAUUAGUUGCGGUAUUCUAGAGACUCCGAGAUUUGGCCGAAAAAGUAACUUCUUCUUUACACCUGGAACUAGGGUCAAAUUCGAGUGCAAUCAAAACUUUAUCAUUAUUGGCGACAAACGCAGAAUCUGCGAGGAUAACGGAAGAUGGAACUUGCCUGAUCAUGGAUACACAGAGUGUCUACGUAAUCAAGAAUACUCUCAACGCGCGCUGUUUCUGACCUGGGGCAUCAUAGUGGCAAUUAUUCUACCAUUAGCUCUCCUCAUAUGCAUGUCGUAUUUCUGGUGCUGGUACAAACCAAGAUCAGAAGGCAAACAGGGAUUUCGUUUCGAGGACAUACCGCGAUCUAAAUCGGCGUCCAGACUUAAUCUUAGAUCAAAUUCAAUGGGUAAUAUCACGGACACGGCAAAGUCUUCGACGUUGCGCAGUCAGGAUUCCGAUGUAAAGGAACCAUUACCAAGUACAUCUUCUAAAGAAACUCCAUUAAUUAAAGGCAAUAUUACUAGAGCAGCUCCUUUACCUCCACCCGUUCGAGACGGGGAUAGUUCAGGGUUAGGAUAUGCAGACUCCACUAGGAGCGAUUCCGGGAGAUCCGAUAAAUCAGGGUCAAGUAAAAAACGUCGAGCUUAUGAUAAAACAUAUAGAACUAAUGAGCCGCUACCCGGUGCUCCUGAUGUAGAUUUCCCCGAAAAGCUUUGGGAUUUAUCUGAAGAAGAUCUACUAUCUCUAACUUCUCCAUCUGAAACUGAAUCUGCUCAAGGCUCUACAUUAACACGACCCGCUAAGGAUAUUGAAUACAUCAGUCGUCCCCGCCAAACUGGUCGUCACGCUUUGGCCAGUGAUUCUGGCUAUUCUACUAAAGAUGGUUCUGACGAUCCCUAUUCUCCAAAAUAUACUGGCCAAUACAGUCCCAUUGCAUCCUAUUCUCCAACUUACUCUGACAUUUACUCUCCUCCACUGAGCCCUACUUCUGGUAAUAGUCCGAGGAACACAUUUAACAAUCCUGGACUACCAGAACCUCCGAAAAGUGCCCCUAUUGACAAAAUAAAAACUUUCACUCUUCCUCCCAAGAAGGGAAAAUCUGAGUAUUCGGCUCGCACAUUGGGCGCUACAUGGGGAAUCAUUAGUGCGGUAAUGCUGCCCAUUGUAAUCGUCCUCAUCUGCAUCGGAUGGAGGUUCCUUAAACGACGCAAGAGAGAGGAAAAGGAAGAAGAAGAUUUUUUGCGAGUCAAGACCAGACCAAUCGACCCUGAUGAAUCAACAAGGAUAAACUCCGAUGACGAUAGCAUCCCAUACAAGAAGGGCAUGGUUGAAGACAGUCCUGAGCCAACGGAUUCUGUUAAGGCCAUAGAUAGUCCACUCCCUAGCGCAGAUCCACCACCUAACCCCAAUACUUUUGGGAUACCGUAUACAGAGCCAGCUUACGACCCUAAUCUAACAUACCAAGCUCCACAGUUUACUUACGAAGAAAAUCUGGACCAACCACAGCCCCCACCGCCUCCGCCUGAGCCUGGGCAAAGCAGGCAAUGGCGAGGAGAAACCGAGAUUAAUUAGGUCAUAAUAUGUUGCGGUAGAAUAUUUAAUUCCACUAAACAAGUGUUACAAACAAUGUUUUUCAUUCCCGACA